AUGUCGAGGCGGCAGGAGCUCGGCGCCCUCGUCAGCGCGGGGCUGGCGGCGCCACUGCCCGCGCUGAGGGCGGCCGCGCUGGCGCUGGUCGCGGAGCUGGUGUCGAACGUGGACGACUCCGGAGGGGACGGGGGCCUCUCCCUGGGCCCCUGCAGACGUCGCCGCGCGGCUCCAGCCCUGCGGCCCGCGAGGCGCGAGGCACGUCUGGGACGCGAGCAUGCCAGAGAGCAGCCCGGCAGCCGCGGCGGCGGCAGCACGGGAGCGCAUGCCGGUGGCCGAGGCCACAGCAGCAGAGGCAGCAGCAGCAGGAGCAGCAGCAGCAGCAGCAGCAGCAGCGGCAGCGGCAGCGGCAGCGGCAGCGCCGGCGGCAACGCUCGCGGCAGCGGCCGUGGGGUACGCCAGCCGCGGCCGCAGCCGCCGUACACCCCGCUGAGGCUGGGCAGCCUGAAGGGCCCGGGGGCCGUGACCCGCGUCUGGUGCGUCGCCCUCUCGGCGGUGGACGAGCACCUCUGGCGGGCCGGGGCGCCCCCGGCGGGCGGCGAGGGCGUCCUCGACCAGGUCCGCCGGGGCCCCUGCAGCUGGAGCAUGCUGCUGUCGUGCACGUUCUGCUUCCGUGCCCGCCGCCGUCCACCUGGCCCUCUGCGAGGGGUGGCCGGACGUGCUGGCCGCGUGGGCGCUCGCGGCCGUCUCAGUGACGAGCCCGCUGUGCGACGCCCUGUGCGUGCACUCGGCCGUGUACGAGCGCGGGCCCGGCUACGAGUGGACGGCCGCCGCCGUCGGGCUGGACGCCGAGACGGUCAAGUGCCAGAUCCAGCAGGAGCAUGCCGGAAGCGCCGUGUUCUGCGUGGAUCACUGGAAUAUCCUCACGCGCUUGGUCGAUCGGGCCACUUGCGUCUUCCUGGUGGGGCCUUCGAUGUUGUGUUAUGCCUGGUGGAGGCGCCCGAGCCUGGCGCUGCUCGCCCCCUUCUUGGGAGGAUUCCUGGUCGCCUGGGCCGCCGCCGCCAGGGGCCAGCUGCUUCGCGCCGAGUUCCCCAGCGGAGUCCUGUACGUGAGCGGUGCCUGGCGCUUCGAGGAGUCGUUCCGCGCCUACAUGUGGUGGCACCAGCUGUGGCACUGGCUUCUCUUCGGCCUCCUGCUCGCAAGCUCCCUGUACAGGCCGGCCAUGUGAUCAUUACCCCCCCGCGGCGGCAGCGGCACGGGUCCAGUCCCAACGUUUCGCCAGCCUGCUUGUGCAGAUUGUCUCUUGUGGUUGCCAGUCUGUUCACAAACUAG